CCCGCGUGCCCUGCUGUGACUCCUUGCGGUUCCUGGGACAGAGCCCUCCCCCACCUGGUGAAUGAGCCAUAAGACCUCCUCUACCUUCCGAGCGGAACACAGUUUCCACUCUUCCUCAUCUUCUUCCUCCUCCUCAGCCUCCCACAACCCCCCUGCCCGGGACCUGCCCAUGGAGAAGACUUUGAGCAUGUUUUCUGAGGAUUUCGGCAGCUUCAUGCGGCCCCACACUGAGCCUUUGGGCUUUCCAGCCCGAUCUGGGGGUACAGGCAAUAUCAAGACCCUGGGAGAUUCCUACCAGUUCGCAGUGGACGUGAGUGAUUUCUCCCCAGAGGACAUCAUUGUUACCACAUCCAACAACCAGAUUGAGGUUCGGGCUGAGAAGCUGGCCCCAGAUGGCACUGUCAUGAAUACAUUCACCCACAAAUGCCAGCUGCCAGAAGAUGUGGACCCCACCUCCGUGACCUCAGCCCUAGGCGAUGACGGGAGCCUCACCAUCCGUGCCCGACGCCACCCCCACCCGGAGCACGUGCAGCAGACCUUCCGAACUGAGAUCAAAAUCUGAGCGGGCCGCAGUGUGGAGCCUGCUUGGCCUGCCCAAGGGGAGUGUCCUCCUCUGUUUCCCCCCGCUAACAGGCCCGAUAGAAAAGCUUCCAUUCUCUCCUCCCCAUCCCCCACUCUUGGCUGGGGCUUGAAUGGAGCUCCAGGUUCCAAGUCUUAGAUCUUGGUCCUGGGAUCUCAGUUCCAAGCCUCUCAACUCCACUCCCCAACCCUGUUUCCAGCUCCCCUUCUGUGGCCCCUGGUGGGUCACUCCAGAAGCCCAGGGCACUUGAUUUAGAUUGGGGUGGAAACUGUGAUCCUCUUUACCACCCCUAGGGCAGGCCUACCCCUGUACCCCAUGUAAGUUCUAGAUCAAUACAUUGGGACUCAUGCUUAGUUGGCUCUGGGUGCUAGAUCUGGACAGCUUAGAGCAGAACCUCUCUCAAGGGGGUGUUCUCAACCUCUGGAGUAAGAAACUUGGAGGGAAGAGGGAGCUUUGGAGAAGGGCCUUGGUUUCUGGGAGCUGGCACAGCAUUGAGACUAAUAGAAAAUAUUCUUAGAGCAUCCUUCAGUCCCUCCUGGGUCCCAGGUACCUGGGGGAACCAAAGUAGGAGUGAGGGGUCCCUCAGUACCAGUGUGUAAACUAAGACUCUUUCCCUUUUUCUAGGGACUGGAAGUCAAAUAUGGUUAGAGAUACAUCCAAGGGAGGUGGGGGAUCUCUUGGGAAGGUCCGAGCCUUGGCCUAAGCAGGCUCUCUUCUCCCAGUCAGUCCCCUGACAAUGCCUUAGUGGGUUUUCCUUGUCCCAGCGCCAACACGGUGCUAAGAAAGGGAAGGGGCCAGUAGUUGCAGCAAUAGAUCAACAAGCAAUUAUUAAGUACCUGCUAUGUCAUGGCUUCUCCCAACUCCCUUCUCCCAACCCCAGUGAUCCUGUGUCCUUAAAACAUCCUAGGUCAAUGAAAGAACAUUGGACCUGAAGUCAGAGGACCUUAGCUCAUAUCCUAUACCUGCUCUUGGUCACUUGUGUGAUCUUGACCAAGCCUCCUAACCCCUCUAAGCCUCAGUUUCCUCAGUUGUAAACUGAGUGGAUCAGACGAUAGCUCUAAGGUCUCUUCCCAUUCUCUGGCCUAUGCUGCUUUAGAGCGGGUCCCAGUUCUACAACCUGACUUGGGCUUGCCAUGGUACACCAGCUGUGCCUCCCUCCAUCCCCAAAGCCUUCCCUCUGCUCCCUGUAUCCCAGCCCCCAGCAGCAUUGGUCUGAACCUCUGUGGGGCUGGACCUCAUCCUGGCCAGAGGAAAGGAGAGAGGGAUGUGGGGAGACCUCAGGGUAGGGGCCCCACUUACUGUGUCCUCUCCUUGGUAGGUCUCCAGCUCCCCUGGACUUCUCCCUGGCCAGUGUCUAUAAACCCAGCUAGACAAUGCAGUUUCCUUCCGGCUUUACCACCUGAGGAGCCUGUGGCAGGAGGCGAGGGGAGACCACGGGGAUGGCAGGUAGUCCACUUUCUGUGGACAAAUAAGAAUAAUCCUAAGAACGUAUCAUUUUACAAAGCGCUUUCCUCACAAAAGCCCUAGGAGGUAGACCAGGCAAGUAAUCCUGCCUCCAUUUUUCAGAAAAGGAAACUGAGGUUUAGUGUUAGGAUUGCUCCAUGGUCAGUAAGUGCCCAAGCUAGAACUCAGACUUAGGCCUCCUGACCCCAAGGCCAAUCCCCUCCACUCUGUACCAGGCUCCAAGGUCAUCGUACAACCUUCUCCCUCUCCCAUCCCAAGCUAAGUUCUGGCUCCCUGGCUCUCUCUGUCUUCCAGGCCCAGUGUCGUCCUAUGGGGCUCCUACCCUAGCCACCACCUGUGCCCUGGGGCAGGGGGAACUGCCCAUCAGUGUCCUAUCUGUAUAUAGGGAUUUUUCUAACCUGGGUUGGUUCCUGAUAAAUUAUUUAUGACUCCUGC